AUGGAGUGUUUGCGUGAGGACGUUGGUGAUGGAGUGGAGCGUGGGAUGCGCCACCUCAGUAGCACAGACUGGGUGGGGAUAGAAGUAAUCGGUAUGCGAGACAACACGCGCCUUGUCUACUUCCGCCUCCGCCUCCUCCACCUCCUGCGUUUCACUUUGCAACCAUUGGAGGUGGUGGCGUUAGUGCCUUGCCUUGGUGCCAUGGCCCUCAUUGGGCAACGCAUACUUCACAUCGGCACCGUUAGCCUAGUGGUUUGA